ACUUGCCCCGCCGACCGCUAGGGGGACUGCACGAAACCGCAGUCUACACCCCACCGGUGAAGUUAAGUGAAGUGAAGAAGUUGAAGCCGUGAGUUCUUUGAGUACAUCUCCUACUAUCAAUUGGGACGACCAAGCUGACAGUAUCCUCUAAAGAUAGAUAUACACACCCGCACCACACCUUCUUUGUCCACACGCACACGACACAAUGCCUCCAAAACAGCCCAAGGGCGGCGCGAAGCCGUCGACCACCAAGGUGGUCGCUGACAAGGCCUUCGGAAUGAAAAACAAGAAGGGAGGAAAGGCGCAGAAGGAGAUACAUAAGUUCCAGACGCAGGCAGCAGCAGCCGGUACUAUGGAGGAGAAGCGGAAGCGUGAGGAGAAGGAGCGGAAGGAGGCGGAGAAGAGGGCUGCUGAGGAUGCGAAGCGCGAGACUGCGGAAUUGUUUAAACCCGUUCAGGUCCAAAAGGUUCCCUUUGGGGUUGAUCCCAAGACUGUGCUGUGUGUGUUCUUCAAGAAGGGAGGGUGUGAAAAGGGCAAGAAGUGUAAAUUCUCCCACGAUCCGGCGGUGGAGCGGAAACAGGAGAGGAAGAACCUCUACGAAGACGCGAGAGGGAAGGAUGUCACCAAGAAGGAGGACUCUAUGGAGAACUGGGACGAGGCGAAACUGCGAGAGGUCGUUAACAGCAAGCACGGAAACCCAAAGACUACUACCGACAAGGUCUGCAAGUUCUUCAUCGAAGCUGUGGAGAACCAGAAGUACGGAUGGUUCUGGACUUGUCCGAAUGGUGGUGACGAGUGUAUGUACAAGCACUCGCUGCCCCCAGGCUUCGUCUUGAAGACCAAAGAGCAGAGAGCGGCGGAGAAGGCGCUCAUGGACAAGUCACCGAUGGCCACUCUUACACUUGAGGACUUUUUGGAAGCCCGACGAGCCGAGCUCACCGGAGGUGGAACCCCCGUCACCGAGGAGAGCUUCAACAAGUGGAAAGCGGAGCGCAAAUCCAAGAAGGAAGUCGAGGAGGAGGCUCGCCUUGCCAAGGAAGCCACUGGAAGAGCCAUGUUCGAGAAGGGCGACUGGCAGAACGAGAGCGAAGACGAGAGCGAAGACGACGACGCUGAUUUCGAUCUCACCGCACUCCGAGCAGAGACCAAGAGGCUAGAAGGAGAUGACGACGAGGUACAGCUCAAGCAUUACGGUACCACGUAAACUCAAAACAACAAAAUUGGUGUAUGCUGUGUGGUGUUUAUCAUGCUGGGUUUUUUGCAAUUUUAAAGGUUGCGUCUUCUUUCUUUCUUUUUCCUUUAGUUUUGCUGCGCUUUUGGGUGGGAUCGUACAUUACUUAAGGAAGGGGAGUUGAUGUGAUUUGGAACCCAAAACUUUUCUUUUUGUCCAUGGGCUGGUUGGGGAUUGUGGGUGAUGAACAUAUGAACGAACAAACUGAUGAUGAGGAGGUGUGGUGUAUGUAUGUGGCGGAGGGGGGAGGAAGGGAGACUGCGGAUUCACUCGCUUGCUUGCUCAAUUCGAUGUUGAAUUUUAAUGUUGCCAUUAAAGUUGAAAUGACCCUCUUCGUCAGAUAUGUAGAAGAUUUCGGCGGUUAAGGUUGUAAGAUAUCGCACUUUGUGGCAAUACAAGCUGCGGCUAUGGGUAACCGCGUGAGCGGCGAUCUUAAUAUCUGCUGUUAUCUGACCGGG